AUGACUGAGUACAAGCUUGUUAUUGUCGGAGGUGGUGGUGUUGGCAAGUCUGCCUUGACCAUUCAGUUGAUCCAGAACCACUUCAUCGAUGAGUACGAUCCCACCAUCGAGGAUUCUUACAGAAAGCAAGUUACCAUCGAUGAUGAGACUUGUCUGCUGGACAUUUUGGAUACUGCUGGUCAGGAGGAGUACUCGGCCAUGCGUGACCAGUACAUGAGAACCGGACAGGGCUUCCUUUGCGUCUACUCAAUCACCUCGCGUUCGUCAUUCGAUGAGAUUGCCGCCUUCCGUGAGCAGAUUCUCAGAGUCAAGGACAAGGACAGAGUCCCAAUGAUCGUCGUCGGAAACAAGUGCGACUUGGAGUCCGAGCGUCAAGUCACCACCGGUGAGGGACAAGAUUUGGCCAAGUCUUUCGGUUGCCCAUUCCUUGAGACCUCUGCCAAGAUCCGUGUCAACGUCGAGGAGGGAUUCUACACUUUGGUCCGUGAGAUCAGAAAGGACUUGAAGGGAGACUCCAAGCCAGAGAAGAACAAGAAGAAGAAGAACAUCAUGAACAAGUGCACUCUUCUC